UUAUCAGUUCAAACGAUGACGCAGCCUCUGCCAGUUAUCCGAAACCCCUCGGAAACCGCGUCAUUCCUGCUGGAUUCUCCGUGGCUUCGCUCGUUUUCCCUUUGCACCACGCCAGCCGUGCCAGCCCAGCUCCACAUCACACCCACGGUUCUGCGUGGAGCCCGUGGUCAUCGCUGUCCCCACCAGGAGCGCUCACAGGUGGUGGCUGUCCCUGCCCCCUUACCUGGCCCAGGUGAGCACACCUGGGUGCUGACGGGCAGCCCCGGCCGCCAAUGGGUGCGGAGCAGGAAAGGCUGUGGCCACCAAUGGGUGGCGGGGGACAGCCCCUGCCAGGGCUGGAUAAGGUCCGGAAAUCCCAGUUGGCCCAGUGGGAGCGGGCUUGCGGUGCUGGGCGAGAUGCGGGGCAAGGACGAUGAGUACGAUUAUCUCUUCAAAGUUGUGCUCAUCGGGGACUCAGGGGUGGGAAAGAGCAACCUGCUCUCGCGCUUCACUCGCAAUGAGUUCAACCUGGAGAGCAAGAGUACCAUCGGGGUGGAGUUUGCCACGAGGAGCAUCCAGGUGGACAACAAGACUGUGAAGGCUCAGAUCUGGGACACGGCCGGGCAGGAGCGAUACCGGGCCAUCACCUCAGCGUACUACCGGGGGGCAGUGGGAGCUCUGCUUGUCUAUGACAUUGCCAAGUACUUGACGUAUGAGAAUGCAGAGCGCUGGCUCAAGGAGCUGCAGGACCACGCUGACGCCAACAUUGUCAUCAUGCUGGUGGGCAACAAGAGCGACCUGCGGCACCUGCGGGCUGUGCCCACCGAUGAGGCCAGGAGCUUCGCAGAGAAGAACGGGCUGUCCUUCCUUGAGACGUCUGCUCUGGAUUCCACCAAUGUGGAGACAGCUUUCCACAACAUCCUCUCGGAGAUCUACCGCAUCGUGUCCCAGAGACAGAUCACGGGGCAGCCGGAGUCAGAGUUUGGUCCCUCCACCACCAUCGAGCCCAUCCAGGUGCUGCCCACGCAUCAGGAGGGCCGGCAGGCGCCCUGCUGCCAGAACAUCUGAGCCCCUGGGCUGCCCCCACCUUGACCCCCCACCACCCAACACACGGUGGCAUCGUGUGUCUCACCCUCUACCUGUGCCCACCGCAGCUCCCUGAGCAGUGCAGGCUGGUGGCUGCUUUUGUGUGCACCAUCAUCCUGCCCGUAUGCUGCCCCACCUGUGUUUGUGUAGGACCAACAGAAACAGGGGAGGAGGCAAAGCAUCGGGGUGUGUUCCCCUCACUCCCCAAGGCUGGGGGCAUGCCAUCCCCUGUGUCCCUGCUCCCUUUAGCCCUGCAGGCACAGUGGCUGGGUGGCACUGAGCAAGCCCAAACAUGGUGAGUCCCGGUUUGGUGACGCCCUGUGUGUGGCCCCGUGGGAUGGGUGUGGAGGGGGACACCGAGUGCAUCCUUCUCCUGCCUGGUGAAACCAGCAGUGAUGUGGCCAGUUGUGCCCAGCCCUGUCCCAGCGGCACCAAGAGCUGGGAGUGCCUCUGGGUGCUGCUGGAGCCAUCCAGGCUUGUGGGGGUGACGCUGUUUUUGUGCUGUGACUCCCUCCCUUGGCAUGACCCCAGCAAAGGGAAAAGCUGUGACUCUUCCAUGGAAAGAGAUGGGAGCAGGGGCUGGGGGCCUUUGGGAAGCCCCAAGGAGGGGACAGGGAUUUGGGGGGCUGAGGGUGGGCACAUGGUCCCUCUGCACAGCUGCCUGUGUGGGAGCCAGUGUCAGCACUGGGGACCCCUCAGCUCCAGCUGCAAGGACCCCCUGGCUUGGCUUGGCCCUUCCCUGCUCGAGUGUUUGGCCACUGUGGCUGGUGGCUGCAUGGCCCAGCCUGGGGACACGCCACCACUGGAUGGAGUGUCUGAUACAUCAGUGGGAUGACA